AUGGAUACCACAACUGAAAACACCACUGCAACUACCACUCCUACCACCACAGCUACCACUACGGAUACCACAACUGAAAACACCACUGCAACUACCACUCCUACCACCACAGCUACCACAACGGAUACCACAACAGCAAACAUCACUGCAACUACCACUCCUACCACCACAGCUACCACUACGGAUACCACAACUGAAAACACCACUGCAACUACCACAACAGCUACCACAACGGAUAACACAGCUGAAAUCACCACUGCAACUACCACUCCUACCACCACAGCUACCACUACUGAUACCACAACUGAAAACGCGUCUGCUACUACCACAACAGCUACCACAAUGGAUACCACAACUGAAAACACCACUGCAACUACCACUCCUACCACCAAAGCUACCACUACGUAUACCACAACUGAAAACACCACUGCAACUACCACUCCUACCACCACAGAUACCACAACGGACACCACAACUGCAAACACCACUGCAACUACCACUCCUACCACCACAGCUAAAAAAAUGGAUACCACAACUGAAAACACCACUGCAACUACCAUUCAAACCACCACAGCUACCACAACGGAUACAACAACUGCAAACACCACUGCAACUACCACUCCUACCACACAGCUACCACAAUGGAUACCACAACUGCAAAGCCAAUGCAACAUCCACUUCUUACCACCACAGCUACACAAACGGAUACCACAACUGCAAACACCACUGCAACUACCAAUCGUACCACCACAGCUACCACAACGGAUACCACAACUGCACACCACUGCAACUACCAUUCCUACCACCACAGCUACCACAAUGGAUACCACAACUGCAAACACCAAUGCAACUACCACUCCUACCACAGCUACUACAACGGAUACCACACCUGCAAAAACCAAUGCAACUACCACGCCAUACCACAGCGACCAAAACGGAUACAACAACUGA